GAAAAAAUAUAGCAACUCGUCACAGGUUGGAAAAUCUUCCCAUCCACAUUUCUUGUACACCUGAUCUCCGGAACUCAUUUUCCUCUGCGAAAUAAACGAAGUGAAAAAAAGCCACCUCUCAAAGGCUCAACACCCUUUUUUCUGACCAAAAAGAAAAGCUCAACACCCUUUUACGUUUCUUGAUUCUGCUUCCCAUCUGCUUGAGAAAGCACAAGGAAGACAGCUAGAGAGACAAUCAAUCUGUAAUGGCUGUUGAAGUGGCUGCUUUCUUGCUGAAAGAGAAGCUGCAGAAUCUCAGAGCUGACCAAACCAUAAUAUACCCGAGACUGAAGGGCAGAAUCAGUACUGCCAUCAACAAUCUGCAACGGCUCUCGAGCUUCUUGAAAGACGCAGCAGAGUCGGACAAUGCAGAGGACCAAGAAAGCGAGAGAACCAAGCUCUUGUCCUCCAUCUACAGUGCAGAGGACACCAUUGACACCUACCUCCUGAGAAGAGCCCAGCAGAGGCUCAAGGACUUGGUUCCUCUGUGGAGCCAGAAGGAAGUGAGCAAAGGGUUGAAGAAGUUAAACGAUGACAUCAGGGACUUGUCCUUUUUCUCUUCACUCGAGAAAUGUCAGCCUCAACCUCAAUCUCUUCAAAGCAAAGUUCCUGUAAAUGUUGGAAAUGCCACCACUUGUGAAGGAGGAAGCACCCACCGUUGGGAAAAGAUCUCUCAUCUUCUUGACCUGGAAACAGAGGCUGUGGUUCGGAAGCAGCACAUGGAGGAGCUUGUGAAGGACUUGAUUCCUCUGCCUCAGGAAGAACAAGAAUUUAGGGUUCUUACUGUGGUCGGCUCGGGAGGCUCAGGCAAGAGCAUGAUGGUGAGAUCGAUUUGUGACAGGGUCGACAUCAAGCAGCACUUCGAGUGCCGCGCUUGGCUCUGCGUGUCCAGGGACUUCAAGUUCAGAGAUGUGGUAAUUGAUCUGAUAGAGCAGGUCUCCAUAACUCCGUUGAGUGGGAUAGACCAUUUGGGGGAUGACAUCUUGGCUGAGAUGCUUCUCAAGGCGUUGAUGCAGAAGAGGUAUCUGAUUGUGGUGGAUGAUGUUUGGAAAGUUGAGGAUUGGCACAAGCUGACAAUCCCCUUACCGGAUUUGCAAAACGGAAGCAGAGUGAUUCUUACCACUCGUUCUGAUGAAGUAGCUAAAUUGGCCGAUCCGUGGGGCAAUCCGUUACGGCUGCACCUGAUAUGUGAUGCAGAGAGAUGGGAAUUGUUGAAGAAGCAAGUCGGUAAACGUGAAGGCAAAUUGGGGGAAUACAAGGAUAUGAUCAUGGCAAAGUGCCAUUAUUCACCUCUAGACAUAGUUCUAAUGGGUGGGAUUUUGUCAACCACAGAGUCCAGUGAAUGGCCUAGAAUAGUCACCAAACUUCCGUCUGCCUGUGAAGGCCGGUUGACAUCGUUGGACAUCGUGUCUUUGAGCUUCCACGAGUUGCCGCCACGGUUGAAGGUAUGCUUUCUGUAUCUCGGUCUUUUCCCGAAAGCAUUAGAGGUUCCGGUUCGGAGAUUGUUGUGGCUGUGGCUGUCAGAGGGUUUCUUGAGUCCAACGCCUGCUGAGCGAGAAAUGAAGCUUGAACCUGAAGAUCUAGCUGACAUGUGCUUCCAAAUCCUAGUCUGGCGGAAGUUGAUUGAAGUAACAAAAUGGAAGUUGGAUGGCAGCCCGAAAAUGUGUCGCAUGGCGGGUGUCAUGCAUGAUUUCUUCUCUCCAAAAUCAGUCGGUUCAGGUCUUUUCUACAUUCGUGAUAAUGAAACCAAACUUCCUAAAAAUCACAAGAUUCGACGGUUCGUGGAGUAUUUGGAAAGUGAGAAGAUUUUGGACUAUUCCAUCGAUGAAAAUCUACGUUCUUUUGUGUCUUUCAACAACAAACUCAGGGGUAAGGCCAACAGAGGAAUUGGUACAUUUUUCAAAUCCUUGGUCCAUAAAAAGGGGUUUGUAUUGCUAAAGGUCCUUGAUCUAGAGGGUGUCUACAAACCUAUGCUUUCUGAGAUAGUGGGCAAUUUACUUCUUUUAAGGUUUCUAGGCUUGAGAUCGACAGCACUAGAAUCAAUCCCCUCGGCUGUCGGAAAGCUGCCGUGCCUAGAAACUCUGGAUCUGAAGCACACUAACGUGACCACCCUACCCAACUCGAUUUGGAAGGCGAAGAACCUUAGGCAUCUGUACAUGAACGAUGUUCACGUCGACGCAUUAUUCCAGAAGCUGAGUAAAGGUUCUUUAAGCAAUCUUCAGACACUGAGGGGGCUGUAUGUCGGUAACGAAAUUGUCGUGACCAACAGUUUGGAUAGACUGGUUAACGUCCGGAAAUUGGGACUGACAUGUCACAAGAAGUCAGUGAAGGCUGUGGUAAAAUGGGUUCUGCUACUGCCUAAUCUUCAUUCUCUGAAGUUGAGGUCAAUUGAUGAGUUCGGUAAGCCGUCGAACAUUUACUUAGUGUCCCUGGAGAAACAGACCAAGCUCUGCAAGUUAUACUUGCUCGGGGCACUAGUGAAGCAAGUAAACCUGAGCGGGGUACUCCCAUCGUGCCUCAAGAAACUUACAUUGUCAAUGUUGGCACUGAAGGAAGAUCCUAUGCCAGUGCUGAGCAAGUUGCCAGAGCUAAGCAUCCUCAGACUCUUUGCUCAUUCGUAUUUAGGACGUCAAAUGACUUUCGAUGGUGAGGGAUUUCUGAAACUCAGGGUUUUGAAGCUGUGGAUGCUCAACCAACUGAGGAGCUGGACAGUGAAGAAGGGAACGAUGCCUAUCUUACAAGAACUAGAAAUCAGAGCGUGUAAUGCGUUGAGGAAGAUUGAUGGAAUCGAGCACUUGCAAGGCUUGAAGGAACUUACUCUGACUGAUAUGCCAGAGGAUUUCAUAGAAAUAAUCAAAAGAGGUGUAGGAAGGGAAAUGUACAUCAAAGUAAAUGAGUGGAAGCUUUCUCGUCAUCAGGCAAAUCAGGUCCAGACUGCAGAUGAAGAUGAUUGGUACGAAGACGAGGAUGACAGCAACAGCUAUGUUGAAGAAGAAGAAGAAUACUAUAAGGAGGAAGGAGAUGAAAGUGGUGAAGUUAAUGUAGAUGGACAAGAAGAUCACAACGAAAGUGUUGAUGAGAAGUGAACAAAACAAGUUUGAGUUUGUUGUUUAAAUCUGUUCUAUUAUUGUUCAUAGCAAAUACACUGCUUGCGGGAACUUUCUAUUAGUGUAUGUACAUAUCUUGCUCAGUUGCAGAACCAAGUGCUUGUUUUCUUAAGAAAGAACUACUUUGUAACAUUCUGUCAUUCAAGUGUUUGAUGAUCGAACUAGUA